AUUCUGAGGAAGAUGAAAGAGUAGAAAAUACUCGAAAGAGAUUUAAAAUGCUGCAAUAAAGAGUGUAAAUGUAUGAAGAGUGAAAUCUGUCUACUUAUUUCUUUAUGGUUACGAAAAGGAUUGACUUCUGCGCUUCUCAUUUCCUCAAUUCAAAUCUACGUGUGAUCGUAUGCAGCAGCACGAAGAAUGUAUUUAUAUACUGUUCUUUAAUAAAUAAUAUGAAGAAAUUAUAGGCCUCUUUACUGUUGAAUGAAAUUCACAAAAUCUAUUAUUCGCUUAUAAACAAGCUUGAACUAAGCGACGUAAGGUAUCUUUCAGGAAAUGGAGAAUUUUCACCUUCCCUUUGUACUACAGUGCAAGGACUUAGUAUCUACCGAAUUUAAGAAAAAACAUCGGAAUUAGAUUAUUAAGGGAAAUAUGAGUGUUGAAAGAACUAUUUACAGCGUUAAAAUUGAUAAAGAGCGCGUCCCUCUUUUCGAUGAAGACUUUUAUCAAGGGUUUCGCAGCGAAAUGACCGUUCAAUUUACCAUGGCUGCCCUAGACCCAGCAGGAAAAUCAAAUGAGCCUGUUACUGUCAAGGUGAUUACUCGCCUUCAACAUUCUGAAGAUGAAGGUGAAGGUGAAGAAAAGGAGGACGAAGAAGAACAAUUUGUACUCUGCACUCUCAAGAAAGGAGUCGUUUACCAGCAGCCAAUUGAUCUAGUGUUUUCUCCUGGUGAAGAGGUAUAUUUUGAAAAAACUGGUGGUGCUACAGUCUAUCUAAGCGGCUCUUGCACAGUUACCAAUGUACCUGAAGAUUCCGAGGACAGCGACAUGGAUGAUUAUGAAAGUGGAGAUGACGAGGAUUUUAUCUUUAAUGAUGAUGGUUUGAGUGAAGAUGAGGAUUUUGAUAUAGAUGCUUCUGAGGAUGAAGAUGAAGAAGGUGGUGCUCGCAUUGAAGAAUUAAGAAGUGAUGACGAGGAGCCUGAAGAGAAACAAGAGACUAAAUCGGAAACACCUCAAAAGCAAGACAAUCAAAAUGAAAAGAAACAAGAAAAAACUGACUCGAAAAAACGUCCUUCAGAACAAGCUCCUGAACCGGAAGAAAAGGAGAAAAAGCAAAAGUCAGAGAAACCUGCAAAGACUUAUGCAAAGAAAACAUUAGAAGGAAACGUAGUCAUCCAGGAUAAGGUGAUUGGCAAUGGACCCGCCGCUAAAAAAGGAAAGCGUGUGUCUAUGCGCUACAUUGGUCGUUUGAAAAACGGCAAGGUAUUUGACAAAAACAUCAGCGGUAAACCUUUUGCUUUUAACUUGGGUUUGGAAGAAGUUAUUAGAGGAUGGGAUCUCGGUAUUGCUGGUAUGCAAGUUGGUGGUGAACGUACUUUGAAUAUUCCUUCACUCAUGGCUUAUGGAGCUAAACGUCUCCCUGGAAUCCCUGCCAACUCGGAUUUGAUUUUCGAUGUUAAACUGUUGGCCGUCAACUAAACUUUAGUUACAUUGGGUAAUUUAAUGGAAAAAUAAAAAGGAUAAUAUAAAAUGGGUAUUUUUGGUCGAUAAUGUUCAAUAUGAUUGGUUUUAUCUUUUAUAAUUCACUAAGUACAUGUAAUUAGUAUGAAC